CGAGCAGUGUUGUGAAACGCCGUAAUUUCGUUUCUGCCACCGCACACGUGUUUAAGUCACCGCACGUUUAAUUUUCCUUUCUGCGCGAAAUACUCACAGCUAAUAUGGCGGAAGUUGCUGAAACCCCGAGUGUGGAAGUCCAGGAGGAGGAGGCGCAGGUGCCGGAAUCCAAGAAUGGCGACGCCAAGGAGGAACAACAGCCUGCACCGGCGGCCGAGGAAGCCGAAUCCGGCGGCGGCGCGGGUGACGACUUCACGAAACAGGAGCGCGCCAUAAUUCGGCAAGUGGAGUACUAUUUCGGCGAUGCCAAUCUCAAUCGGGAUAAAUUCCUGCGCGAACAGAUCGGCAAGAACGAAGACGGCUGGGUGCCGCUAUCCGUGCUGAUUACCUUCAAGCGCUUGGCCUCGCUGUCCACGGAUCUGGCCGAAAUUGUGGCUGCCCUCAACAAAUCCGAGGAGGGCCUUAUCGAGAUUAGCGAAGAUAAGCUCAGUCUGCGUCGCCAUCCGGAGCGUCCCAUUCCGGAGCACAACGAGGAGCGGCGCAAGGAGAUCCAGGAGCGCACCGCUUACGCCAAGGGCUUCCCCCUCGACUCGCCGAUGAGUGAGCUCCUCGACUUCGCCGCCAACCAUGAGAAAGUGGUCAACCUGACCAUGCGCAAGCACUACGACAAGCCCACCAAGUCGUACAAGUUCAAGGGCAGCAUCUUCCUCACCUUCGAGACCAAGGAGCAGGCCAAGGCCUUCAUCGAACUGGAGAAGUUGGCCUACAAUGAUCGCGAGCUGCUGCGCAAGUGGCAGGUGGACUAUCUCAAGGAGAAGCAGGAGGAGUACGCCCAGAAGAACGAGAAGCGCAAGAACAAGAAGGAGGCCAAGCCGGAGCCCGCCUUCGAGUUGCCCAAAAACGCCAUUGUGGUCUUUGAGGGUGCCCCAGAAACCUCGAGCCGCGAAGAGAUUCGCGAAGCAUUCGAGAAGAUCAAGGACUUCGAAGUGGCCUACAUCGAGUUCGCCAAGGGCGAAACCAAGGGCUCCGUCCGGUUGACAGAGGCCGAUGCGGCCGAUAAGUACAUCGCCAAGAGUGAGGAGGGCAAGCUCAAGUUCAACGAUGAGGUCUCUCUGACGCUGCGCAAGGCCACCGAGGAGGAGGAGAAGGAAUUCAUCGACAAGGCUAUCGAGUUCAUGAAGAAGCGACGCGAUUUCACCCGCAACAAGGGCAAGCGAUUCAAUCGAAAGCGCCACGGAGGAAACGACCACAAGCAUGGGCAUAAGAAGUCGCGUGGAGACUAACUCCUUCACCACCCGAGUCCCUUGAUGGCAGUGUAGACCAAGCUUAACUGUUACUCGGUAGAUCUAGUUGACCUAGCUUUAAGCUCUUACUUAUAUAACAUAUGCUUUCUUGUAGUUUGCGAAAAUAAUCGUAAAAGAUACAGAAUAUUCUCCAAAAAAUAUGUAUAGUCUGUUACAUAGAUAACGAGAUGAACUCUAAUUUAUUUUACAUAGAAGACUACGAAUCCAUUUGUUUCCUUCAAAAGAAAGCUAAGAAUAAAGAUCAGUUUGUAAAACCCAAAA